GGAAUAGAUAAUUAUUGAAAACAACAGAUGAUUAUAAAUAAAAGCAGAGUAAAAUACAAAUAAAUAAGAAAAUGAGUCUUCGGUUGAAGCAAAAUAGCCUACGGGCUUGUCGUGAGAAGCUUGCAACUGAUCUCGUCAACGCAUAUACCAAUUUUAUAAGUGCUUUUCCAGAUCUUACCAUCGCCACCAUCGAGAACUUUGCUCCGCUCUUCGAAAAGAGUUAUCUGGAGUACUUAUUUUACAGCGGCAACUGCACCCUAGACUGUCCAUACCAUGAGUGGGUUGUGGAGGAAGUGCUGCAGUUGAGUGUAGCAUAUUUAUAUUUGCCAGUGGUGAUUGUGAAUCCGCACGCUCGUCGCUUUGGAUUUUUGUUGGUAUUUUAUUUCUAUUUCACACAGCCUGCGAUGUCUAAUAAAUAUGGCGUCAGGCCGAUGCCAGUACGUGUUGCAUCGCACAUUAUAAAUGACGUACUCGAUAGAAAAUAUUCAUCUAAUUCGAACUCGGAUGGGUGCCUAGUAGAUACAUUUUAUGGUUACGAUGCCGUUGAUGACAAUGAAGAAAGACGCAUCGUACUAGCGAUGUACAAACAUCAAGCUUGGUGCUUGACACUAUAUGAUAAUAUUGGCGACCAUUUACAAGCUCUUAUUGACGCGCAUGAAAAGUCAGGGGCACUUUUAUUAUCACAGCGGCACGAAGAAUCUUCUCCGAAGGUGAGAAUCCCCACUUUGCCGUCGAAGUUAGCUUCACGACAUCUCCCGACGUGGCCCCCGGCCUCCACGGGUCGGAUACAAUUCAACUCACCCAAAAAGAACGCUUUAAUUGAAUCGUCGCAAACAAAUUUAUCAUCCUUCUCAUCUUCCAUGUAUACUACACAAAAUGAAUCCAAUAGUGUUUUCCCACCUGCACUUUCGAAAGAAAUUGAACACUACGAAACUCUUAAGCGAAGUAUCGGUUUCGAUUCCAUAUUCUAAAAAGGAUAAAGCGAAUCAUAGGGAAAUCUUCUGUAGUACUAAUAAGUAAAAAUGAGCAACCCGAUUCAAAUAGACAAGUGUCUGUCUACACGGAUAGCACGUUAAAUAUUCAAAAAUUUCUUACGUGCUGGAUAUACA